UUUGAUUUAUUUGAAAGACAGAGUUAGAGAGAGAGGUAGAGAGAGAGAGGGUGAAAGACAAAGGGAGAGUCUUCCCGUUUGCUGGUUCACUCCCCAGCUGGCUAAAAUGGCCAGAGCUGAGCUGAUCCAAAGCCAGGAUCCAGGAGCCAGGAUCCAGGAGCCAGGAGUCAGGAGCCAGGAGCUUCUUCCAUGUCUCCAACACGGGUGCAGGGGCCCAAGGACUUGUGCCAUCUUCCACUGCUUUCCCAGGCCAUAGCAAAGAGCCGGAUCUGAAGAGGAGCAGCCUGGACUAGAACUGGCACCCAUAUGGGAUGCUGGUGCUUUAGGCCAGGGCUUUAACUUGCUGUGCCACAGCACCAGCCCCCAUAUUGGUUAACUUCUAAAAUGUACUGUUUUCAUCACAGAUUCAUUUUGUCAGUACCUAUGUCGUCCUAUGGAUUCCCUGGUGGGUGGAAACCACACUGCAGUGUCAGAGUUCAUUCUCCUGGGCUUAACAGAUGAUCCAGGGCUACGAGUCGUCCUCUUCGUGAUCAUCCUAUGCAUCUACCUGGUGACCAUAUCUGGCAAUCUCAGCACAAUCGUUCUUAUCAGAAUCUCUUCUCAGCUCCAUCAUCCCAUGUACUUUUUUCUGAGCCACCUAGCUUUUGCUGACAUAGGCUAUUCAUCUUCCGUCACACCUAACAUGCUCGUAAACUUCCUGGUGGAGAGAAACACAAUCUCCUACCUUGGAUGUGGCAUUCAGCUCGGUUCAGGAGCUUUUUUUGGGACAGUUGAAUGCUUCCUUCUGGCUUCCAUGGCAUAUGACCGCUUUGUGGCAAUUUGCAAUCCACUGCUUUAUUCAACCAAAAUGUCUACACAAGUCUGUAUCCAGUUAUUUGCAGUGGCUUAUGUAGGUGGUUUUCUUAAUGCGUCUACUUUUACAUUCACUUUCUUUUCUUUACUCUUCUGUGGACCAAACAGAGUCAACCAUUUUUUCUGUGACUUUGCUCCAUUAGUUGAACUCUCCUGUUCUGAUGUCAGUGUCCCUGUAGUUGUUCCAUCGUUUACUGUUGGCUUCAUCAUUGCCAUCACAGUGUUUGUCAUAGCUGUCUCCUACAUCUACAUCCUCAUCACCAUCAUGAAGAUGCGCUCCACUGAGGGGCGCCAAAAGGCAUUCUCUACCUGUACCUCCCACCUCACAGCAGUCACUCUGUUCUAUGGGACCAUUACAUUCAUUUAUGUGAUGCCCAAGUCCAGCUACUCAACUGACCAGAACAAGAUAGUGUCUGUGUUCUACACAGUGGUGAUCCCCAUGUUGAACCCCCUCAUCUACAGUCUCAGGAAUAAUGAGAUAAAAGGGGCUCUAAAGAGAGAGAUUGGCAGUAGAAAAUUUUCUUAGUGAC